GGACGGUGCCUGGACUGGUCUUGCGACAUCCAUUUCACCAACUCGCCAGGCACUUAAUCCUUUCUCCCUCUUCUUCUCAGUUAUUUCCACUGGACGCCCUGUUUUACCCAGCGCUGACCCUCAGUCUCUCUUCCCUCUUAUCGAGUUCGAUCCCUGCUCUACAAUUUCAAACAUCCUCGCCCCGCACCGUCACCACUCUUGAUCGCCUCCGUCGUUUCCUGGAUUUACAACAGCCUGCGCUGUCCUGUUCCCUUCGGCACCUUCCUCUCACACUAAACAAAGCCAGGACGGUCCAAAUGGCUUUCUACCAAGAUCCGAUGGACUACCCGGCCUUCUUGCGCGGUCCUCCUCCCUUGGGCCGCUCGAUGGGUGGCCGGUUCGACGAGUACUACCGCUGCUAUCCUGUGGUCAUGAUGAGCGGGCCUGAUCGAAAGAAUGUCAACUAUGGUGGAAAGGUGUUCAUGCCGCCUUCGGCCCUGGACAAGCUGACAAGACUCCACAUUACAUACCCCAUGGUAUUCGAGCUGAUAAACGGAAAUGCUGGCAAAAGUACCCAUGCUGGUGUUCUUGAGUUCAUCGCAGAGGAAGGGAGGAUAUACUUGCCACAAUGGGUAUUCCCGCUGGCUCAAGAAGAUGCAAGGGCACAUCGCUAACAUCUUCGGGAUAGCUGAUGAAAACUCUCGAGUUGGACCCCGGCGACCUUCUUCAGAUCAAAUCCACUGAUCUCCCUCCCGGCAAAUUCAUCAAGCUCCAGCCUCAGUCACCCGCCUUCCUCGACAUCUCCGAUCCACGAGCCGUCCUCGAAAACGCAUUCCGGAACUUCUCCUGUCUGACAAAGGGCGAUAUCUUUACAUUUGAGUACAAUGAUCAGACGUACGAUAUUGCGGUUCUGGAGAUUAAGCCAGACACAGACUCACACUCCAUCGUGACCAUGGAGACCGAUCUAGAAGUUGACUUUGCCACCCCGGUUGGAUACGUCCCUCCAGAGCGAACGAGCGGGACAAGCACACCUAGAAGUGGCGUGGGCAGGCCACACGGUGGACCAGUACAUUUUCAGGGAACCAUGGCACAGUCAAUCAACUACGGAAGCAUAGCGCCUUCAUCAAACACAGCUGCGGCCGGUGCCCGUGCCGUCUCCUCGCAUUUCCUUUCGGAAGGUCAUAAGCUCAGUUCGAAGAGGGGAUCGAAAGCUCCGACGCCUAAUGCAUCUACACCAGUAGGCGGAGUGUCCACAAAUGCCGCGAAGCCCCCACCAACGAGGAGAACAAACGGACCCCAGCCCUUGCGCCUGGCGCCUGGAAAGCUGUUCUUCGGGUACGAAGUCAAGCCAUUGCGCAAGCGGGACGAAAAUGGCGAACCUGUUGGCGGUGAUGAAGUGAAACCUCACUUUAAAGGACAGGGCCAGACACUACGCCAGAAGAAACGAGCAGGAGGCGGAGGGACGGAUAGCGGGACAGCGAGCGGCGUGAACAGUGAUGCAGAAGGGAGAGCCAAGCCCAAGGGCAGUGGACGGAGGUAGCAGAUGUCACUUGGAGGGGAUUGCUUGAUUGACCAACUGCAUUGAUGCAUAGCGAAGGCGCUCCUGAGCUGGAUGCACAUAGAGGAUCAGCGACAUACAAACCCACAGACAGAGGUUUGAGCAAGGACGAGUCAUGGGGAUUUUCUGUCAACCAUUCGUGGAACCGUGUUUGAUUUUGAAGGCUAGAAAACCGUCCCACGUCUUUCUAAAGAUGGAGUGUUUGUCUAAACCUCCAUAGAUGGACCUGGAUAAUUACAUGUAGAUAUAGAAUCUUCAGCCUCGUCCGGAAAACAAUACCCCGAAGACCGCGCAACUGGCCUCCGUGUAC